AUGCUGCGUACCACAUGGGACACAUCAGCACCCGGCGAGAACAUGAAAAUGGCAUUCACCUGUUUCGGCUGUAGGUUGCCGCGGAUGACUUCACCUCUCAUCUGCGGCCGUCGUUUUCCUACCCUCCCUUACACUCGUCCACACACCAUGUCCAGCACCUCACACGAAGACGCCAUUCUGGAAGAGCAGACACUUCCUAGGUACAGUCAGAGAACAUAUCUUCCUGUAAGAAUCGGCGAUGUUUAUGGUACGCGAUAUCGAGUCGCUGCCAAGCUUGGCUAUGGAGCAUACUCGACGGUCUGGCUCGCAAGAGAUGAGAGAUCACAGCAGUACGCAACUCUCAAAGUGUGCAUAGAGAACGACAGCACGGACUCGCCCGUUUCGAACGAGAUCAACAUGCUCAAGCACUUGCAAGACUUUGCCCGGUCCGUCGUUCACCCAGGGACAGACUUCGUACGCAUGGCAUCAGACGUCUUCGAAAUCGAGACCAAGACUGGUAAACAUACCUGUAUCGUCUCCAAGCCUCAUGGCUGCAGUUUGAGGAAAGUGCAAGAGUACAUCGCACCCGGAGCUUUGUUGAAGAGCAUCAUCAAGCCCAAUUUGCACCGUCUGAUUCUUGCCCUCAACUUCCUGCAUGCUACUUGCGAUGUGAUACACACAGAUCUAUCACCACAGAAUGUAUUAAUGCAAGCGGAGCAUGAAGACAUUUUCAAAGACAUUGAAGCAGCUGAGAUUUCCAAUCGAAGUCCGUCAGUUCAGAAGGUCGAGCGUAAUGUUAUUUUUCAAUCUCAGCAACCCCUCGUCGGUAUCUCCACCUACCCGGUGCUCACAGACUUCGGCCAAAUGAGGCGUGCGGGACCAAACAAUACGGACUGCAUCAUGGCCGACAUUUACCGCGCACCAGAGGUCCUCCUGAAGCUUCCUUGGAGUCAUCCGGUAGAUCUUUGGUCUCUUGGAGUCAUGACCCUAGAACUUCUCGAAGGCAAGAAUUUGUUCAAACCAAUUGACCAUGUGCAUCGCCAAUAUGUUCUCCCGUUGGCACUAGCUCAAUACAUCGGCUACCUUGGUCCCCCGCCUCUCAGAAUACUGAGAGAUAGCCCAGUCAUGGCAGAGUACUUCGACAGUCAAGGCAAUUGGAACUCUGAGCCACCGAUCCCUUCUACUUCGCUUGAAGAAUUCGUUACGACUAUCACCCCUGGCGAGGAGAAAGACCUGUUCCUCCGCUUUGUACGAAGACUCUUGACCUGGGAUCCGCAUGAUCGAGCAACCGCAAACGAGAUAUUUACAGAUCCAUGGCUCAUGAAGACUUUCGAUUGA